GGCGGCAGCCUUGAUCCCCUCCUUCCUCCCCAGUCCCCCACCGCCGCCACGAACUCCUACUCCGACACGAACUCUGCUCAAGCCCGCUCCCAUGGUUCCCGUCAUCGGCAUGGACUCUCUGCCCAUUCCGCAAGCCGAAAAAGGACUAAGUCCCUCGAUCGAAAUCCCAGAUCAGACCGAAUCGCGGCGGCGCCACGACAGGUUGCCGGCCUGCAGUCUCGCUGCCUGCCGGCUUCGACGGUGUGGGCCGGGGCGCCGCCCUUUCCUAGAUCCGCAAUCGAGUCGUGCGUCCGAUCUGCCGCCUCCCCUCGACGUCCAUGGCUCUGUGCUCUGCCGUGUUCUCUCCUAGCGCAGGCUGUGGGGGCGCUACGCCGCUAUCUGCCGGCUCCUCAUAAUCGAUGGGCAAACUGAGCCCUGUAGGAAACAACCGCAUCAGUUCAGCGACGUCCAGCGUUUCUCCUCUCUACGUUUCUUUGCACGCCUCAUCUCCAAGCACGAAGCCACGGCGAAAUGGUCUGGUCUUGGUACUAUGUUGAUAGCGAGGGUGCAAGGCUCAAGGGAAGCAGCCGGUUCUGUAGUUCUUUGUAUGCUUAUGGUAUCUUGGAUGAGGGUUACAAAUUCAACAUGUCAGUUGAGGAAGCUGCUGAGUUAGCAUGGCGGGCUUUUAUCACGCAAUAUUCUGUGACAGAGCUAGUGGUGGCUGUGUUCCUGGUGGGCUUGACAGACCAGUUUUUAUCUGGAAGAAAGGCCUUUAGCGUGCGUUUGGAUCUGAAGAAACAAAGCAAGAUAUGGCUGUCAUUCCUCCUAACUUGGCUAGUUACUAGUAUCUCCUUGAUCCUUUGAUAAGGUAGUCUUGGCGAGUGUUUGGGCAAUAGAGAACACAACUUGGCAAUUUUUGUACAUGUUUACUGUAUUCAUUUAUUCAGGAUUAGAAGCUUAAAUUCUGAAUUUUAUAGUUCAGGAGUAGCUACCUCCUGAUGUACCGGUGUAAUUUAAUAGUUUCAUCGAAUGUGAACCAGAAGUAUAUGUUGUUAACAUAGUUGGGUAUACAUAUCAUUUCAUCUUUCUUUUCUAAGGUGUUUGAUGAGUUCAAUGCAAUGAAACAGAUGAGCUGAACAUAUUCAAGGUUUCUAGCGGGAAUCACUUCUUCGUGGCCAUUCUGGUGAUAAUGGUUGUACUCCAGGUAAAAAAACAAAUACUAUAAUUCUUCUAUUCCACAUAUGUAGUAGUUUCGGUUAUUGUUAAAUGUUGUUUCCUUUGUAUAUAUGCAAGCUCUUAUCCUCGAGUUUCCUUGGCAAGUUAACUUCAACAAUCAUGUUAAGCUGGCACCUAUGGUUGGUGCUGAUGGGAGUUGCUCGUUUAGGUGCUGAUGGUCCAAGAAUUGUAAAGAUGAGGCAGGGGAACCUUAUUUGUGUGGUGGAUGCAAUUAUGUUAUGAGGUCAAUUUGUAACUUAUUAUACUACAGUUAUGGACCAAGCCAUGAAUCAGAACCAAAAUUCAGGAUUGGUGAGAAGAAACGUGAACUUGUAAUGUUUUUAGUACCCUAAUCUUGACUUGUUGCUGAUGGACGACAAUGUUCAAGCUCGGCACAUACUGUUGAACAGCUAAAAUUAUUGGAUCUCAAGACACCUGCAAAUUAUGCAGUUGGAAGAAAGUUCAGAGAUGUGUCGAGUCUUGGCAUUCCCAAGUAAUCAUUGGUGUUACACUGC